GUCCGCGUCACGGCACGUCGAAGCGGGAUGAACGGCACGACCGAUAGGGGUGAGGGUAGGGAUCCUGCCGGUUUCGCUCGCGCGCUCCACGGGGUUGCGAUAGUGGGGGAGGUAAAGAGAAGGGGGAUCGCCUCGUGGGGUGGCAAAGAGAAGGGGUAGUGCCUCGUGCGCGAAGUUGGAUAUACCGUAUUUCGCGGCAGGUCGGGAGUUCAGUCUCGACGCGGCAGCGAUACUCUAGUGUCGCGUGACACACGUGCGACACCGAGGCACACGUGUAUGACGAGAAUCAUGGGUGAGAUACGUGCCGUGCUGUGCCCGCGCCGACGACAGGUACCCCUUCUGGUAGUGACCACUCUGUUGGUGGGUGUUCGUACGGAGCUAGUCGAUCCUAAAUUUAAGGAGCCAAUAACCAAUGUAACUGCGCCAGUAGGAAGAGAAGCCAUUCUGUCCUGCGUUGUUCAAGAUCUCGCCGGAUACAAGGUGGCAUGGUUACGCGUCGACACGCAGACUAUUUUGACGAUAGCGAGCCACGUGAUCACGAAGAAUCACAGGAUCGCGGUCUCUCACAGCGAUCAUCGUACGUGGUUCCUUCACAUCCGGGAAGUGCGAGAGUCCGAUCGGGGCUGGUACAUGUGUCAGAUAAAUACGGAUCCCAUGAAGAGCCAGAUCGGUUAUCUCGAGGUGGUCGUGCCGCCCGACAUCCUGGACUAUGAUACCAGCACGGACAUGGUGGUGAUGGAGGGGCGAAACGUGACCCUGCGUUGCGCCGCGACCGGCUCCCCAACGCCUAACAUCACCUGGCGACGCGAGGACGGUCAGCACAUUCAGCUCGGAAACGGGGAGGAAGUUGCGAGCGUGGAUGGCCCGAGCUUCAAUAUUACAAAAGUAAACCGGUUGCAUAUGGGUUCCUAUUUAUGCAUCGCAUCCAAUGGCGUGCCACCUUCCGUCAGUAAAAGAAUAAUGCUCACUGUCCAUUUCUCGCCGAUGAUUUGGGUUCAAAAUCAAUUAGUAGGUGCACGCGAGGGUCAGAAGCUGACUCUCGAAUGUUACUCGGAAGCAUUUCCGAAAUCUAUAAAUUAUUGGACCAGAGAGCAAGACAAGAUUGUGCCGCAGGGAGGAAAAUACGAGCCAGUGCUGAAAGAUAACGCGUACAAAAUACACAUGAAACUGACGAUAAACUCCGUCAGUCCGGCGGAUUACGGCUCGUACAAAUGUGUCUCUAGAAAUUCGCUGGGCGACACUGACGGCAGCAUUAAAGUCUAUCCAAUAACCAACUCCACUUCCAACGACGGCAACGCCAAGCACAAAGGUAAACCAAGGCAUAAUUCAGGGAACGAUAUCCUAGGGGGAAAUCAAGAUAUGCUAAAAGAUCCAGAUCUGAAACUACGGGGUCGAAAGGAAAACGGCGGUGACGUAACGGAUUACGACGAAUCCAGCGCCAACAGCAACAGGAGCUCGUUGCUCUUGGUGAUCCUCGUCGCUUUGUGCCUCUGCCUCCAUCAUCAUCCGCAGAUGCGUACGUUGCAUCCGGCCUGAGAUCUGCCCGCGGCGCUGCACGUCAUCACACGCGUACUUCGAUCAUCGAAUCAUGUGACUUUGUACAUCCACUUGUAAAUUCAUCGCUCAGGGACUUCAGUCGAGGAUGAAUGUCGUCGAGGACUGCGUUUGACCACACUUACACUUUAAAACUUAAAUAAGAUAAUAAUACUAUAAGUAGCAUUAGCGGCGGCUCCGCGAUUAUCGUAUAGUCGCGGAGCUCGCUAAGGGAGGAUUACGACUUAAGGGACGGUCAUGCGGAUUUACGAUUUUCGGGUUCGGAGUUAAGGUGUGCAAAUCUACCCCGAAUGCGGCCCGAAUGAUAUGUUACAACGUUGGGGAACGCCUACUCUUUACUUAUCUUAGGGUUGCGGCGUUUGCGACGCUGUAGAAGUAACUGAAAUAUCCCCAUAAACAAACAUUGUAACAAGCGUAAUAAGGAAUCGGCUAAUUUUCGAAAAGAAUAUGCAAGUUCAAUAUUUUGGUUACUCUCUAUAUAAUUUUUGUUUAAAACAAGCUUAUAUAUUUUGCUCAUUAUCAAUAAUUUUAUUUCUUUGUGUGUAUUAUGAA